UUGUGAUUUCAUCGAAAACAACUUUUUGAGAAUCAAAUUGAGUUGUUUCAUCAUUUGGAGAAGAAGAGGGCGUCGUCGUAAAGUCCCAUUUUAUUUCAUAUAGAAUAUGCCUACUCGACUGAAGCAUAGUAGAAAGAAAAGAGGACAUGUCUCUGCUGGUCACGGAAGAGUAGGGAAACAUAGGAAACAUCCUGGAGGACGUGGAAACGCAGGUGGUCAACAUCACCAUCGAACUUUAUUUGAUAAGUAUCAUCCUGGUUAUUUCGGAAAGUUGGGUAUGCGAUGGUUUCACUUGCAAAAGAAUACUCUCCAUGGUCCUAUUAUCAACGUGGAUCGACUAUGGUCACUUGUACCGGAAGAUGUGAGAGAACAACCUGAAAAGAUAAAAGACCAAGCUAUUGUGGUGGAUGUUGUGAAACAUGGAUACUUUAAAGUGUUGGGAAAAGGCAAGUUACCAAGACAACCUUUGAUAGUCAAAGCAAGAUUUUUUUCCAAAUUAGCAGAAGAGAAAAUAAAACGAGCAGGUGGUGCUUGUGUAUUGACAGCUUAGAAUAAAGAAAUAAAUAUCAAUUGGA